CCGAGUCUCAGUGAGGCAUAUAAAUCCACUUUCCCAACUGCAGCCAUCACCGCCGUUAUCAGACAGGCCCGAUCUCCUUCCAGGAUCCCGGCUCCAUCCCUCCCUCCGGAACCUACCGUUUUAGCGUGAACCUUCACACCUCUUGGGGAAAAGCUUGUCCAGACUGCUCGACAUUAUUCAACUUUCAGAUUCGGAUUUUUCGAUUUUGACCCUGCGUUGGAUUCGGUUUCAACUUUUCCUUCUACAAAUGCGACAAUUACGAUGGUCGCUUAACAUCUUGCUCCGUCCUUCGACUUCCCGAACCCGAUGGCAGCCGAGUUUAUUGCGGAGAGGGUUCGGAGAGGCGCUGCCGCGGAGGGCGAUCGUCGCGUAUGGAAAGGCCUCCCACGACCUCGAGAAGCGCAUCGAUGAUAUCCCGCUGGAUCGCUUUAGGAACUUUUGUAUUGUGGCGCACGUCGAUCAUGGAAAGAGCACUCUCAGCGAUCGGUUGCUCGAGCUCACGGGGACGAUAAAGGUCGGGGAUAAUAAGCAGAUCCUGGAUAAGUUGGAUGUGGAGCGGGAGCGUGGAAUCACCGUCAAGGCGCAGACUUGUACCAUGCUGUAUAAUUACAAGGGCGAGGAUUAUCUACUGCAUCUUGUUGAUACACCCGGUCACGUCGACUUCCGUGCAGAAGUUCUGAGUAGCUACCGGUCUACGGAAUCAGCACUGCUGUUGGUGGAUGCCUCCCAAGGAGUCCAAGCACAGACGGUUGCAAAUUUCUUCCUUGCGUUUGCACAAGGCCUCACGCUGCUGCCGGUGGUCAACAAGGUCGACCUUCCCUCGGCAGAUCCGGAUAGGGCACUCGAGCAGAUGCGCACGAACUUCGAGCUGGACCCCAAGAAGGCCGUGUUGGUCUCGGCAAAGACGGGACUCAAUGUUGAAGCUAUACUGCCGGCAGUGAUAGAAGGGGCACCAUCACCAACUGGCUCCAGUAAAGAUCCCCUUAAAAUGCUGCUAAUCGAUUCGUGGUAUGACAACUACAAGGGUGUUAUUCUACUCGUCCGGAUCUUUGAUGGGGUUCUGAAGCCGGGUGACCAAAUCGUCUCGUUUGCUACGGGGAAGAAGUACUUUGUCGGUGAGGUGGGGAUCAUGUACCCCCUAGAGACAGCGACCUCAUCCUUGAGGGCCGGACAAGUGGGGUACUGUUAUUUCAACCCGGGCAUGAAGAAUACCAGCGAAGCCAAAGUUGGAGAUACGUUCUGUCAUAUCGGAAUGGAGGACAAGGUUGUUCCGUUGGAAGGAUUCGAGGAACCACAGCCAAUGGUCUUUGUGGGUGCGUUUCCGCUGGACCAGGGAGAGUUCAACAGGUUGGAUGACAGCAUCCAGCAGCUCGUCACAAACGACCGAAGUGUGACACUCCAAAAGGAAGCUUCAGAGGCACUCGGUCAAGGCUGGCGACUUGGGUUUCUCGGAACCCUCCAUGCCUCCGUUUUCGAGGACCGUUUGCGUCAAGAACACGGCGGGUCGUUGAUCAUCACCUCGCCCACGGUGCCCUACAAGAUCAUACACCCCCGGGACGGGAGCGAAGAGAUCAUCAGCAAUCCCGCAUUGUUCCCGUCGGGUGACCAUGAAUUCAAACAACUCGAGCGGCUGGAACCCUACGUACUGGCCACCAUCACCGUGCCGGAGGAGUAUCUGGGCAAGGUCAUCGAGCUGUGCGAGGGCAAUCGCGGAACCCAGGUCGAGAUCACCUUCUGGACCGCAACACAGGUCAUCUUGAAAUACAAACUGCCGCUCGCCCAGCUGGUAAACGACUUUUUCGGGAAGCUGAAGGGUAUCACGAAGGGCUACGCCUCCCUCGACUACGAAGAAGCCGGCUACGAGAAAUCCGACAUUGUCAAGCUGCAGCUUUUGGUAAACAAGCUCCCCGUAGAUGCGAUCUCGCAGGUAAUGCACCGGAGCCAGACGGCGCGCGUGGGCCGGCAAUGGGUCGCAAAGUUCAAAGAGUUUGUGCAGCGCGAGCUGUUCGAGGUGGUGAUCCAGGCGGCGGUGGGGAACCACAUCGUCGCGAGAGAGACGGUCAAGGCGGUCCGGAAGGAUGUCACGGCAAAGCUCUACGGAGGUGAUCGGACUCGCCGCAUGAAGCUGCUGGAAAAACAGAAGGAGGGACGGAAGAAGCUGCAGGCAAUCGGACGGGUGACGAUCGAGCAGAAGAGUUUCCAGGGUUUCCUGCAGAAGUAGCCGUACCAGUAGCGUCGACGGGACACGAUGGAGGCGCUGUAGCUAGAGUAGAGAUGUUCAAAACUCCAAUAGCUACAACUCACAUAGAGCAUCUAGCUCAAAGCUCGGAUCGUGAAGUGAGUCGUGA